CGAUCAGCAUUGACUCGAUCCUCUAGUACCACAUCACUGAGUUCUACCAAACCAAUAAGCCGUUCGAGCACAGCCCUGAACGCUACUGUCACUGGUCGUUCUACAUCCAACAACACAACAAUUCCCAAAGCAGCAGGGAAAAGCAAGCGGCCAGCAUGGGACUUGAAGGGGCGGUUAGAGGACAUGGAGAAAAUGAUGGCCAAGCGAGAGCAAGACAGUCAGAGCCUCCAGGGGAGGCUGGAGGAGGACGAUAAGCGCAUCCGCCUCCUGGAACAGCAAAACUCGCAGCUGUCUGGAAUGGUAGCGAAGGAGGAGGAACUCACCACAGCCAUCUCUCAGGAAGCCAGAACGCUAGAGCGGAAACUGAGAGACGUUGAAGGUGAACUGGAUUCAGCACGCAGAAAAUAUCAGAGAGAAAUCGAUGAAAUCACUCAAGAGUCUCGAGAAACUGAGGAGUCCAUCCGACGGAAAUAUGACAGAGAAAUAGAGGAUUUAAACUUCAAGAUUUCCAGUCUUGAGCGACAGAAGGAAGCCUUGGAGGGAGAGCUGAAGGCUAGUCGUGAGGAGAUUGCUGGGCUGAAGUCUGCUGUGUCACAGUACACCGCUGCUCAAGCUGGCCUCAGGUCUGAGCUAGAAGCUACUCAGGUCAGUCUGGAUUCAUCAGUGAAAAGUGGGAAGCUGAAGGACGAGGAAAUUUAUCAGUUGAAGGAGAUGGUGGCAAAGCAGCAAGGGAAGUUAGACGAAGCUAAUCAGAGGAUGAGGGAACAUGAAACCAUUAGGAGAAAGUUACAUAACUCUAUACAAGAGUUAAAGGGUAACAUUCGUGUGUUUUGUCGUGUGCGUCCAUUGUUGAAUGAAGAGAGGUUGGCUAAUGAAGGGAUAAUCCAGCACAUGUCAUUCCCCGACACAGAUGGAAAGGUGCUAGAGCUGGAUAAACUAGCAGAAACCAACCCAAAUGAGAGCAUGGCUGCCAGCCUGAGACGAGGGACAAACAAGUACGAGUUUUCCUUUGACAGGGUGUUCCAGCCUGCCUCUAGUCAGGCCAUGGUGUUUGAAGAAAUAUCACAACUAGUUCAGAGUGCCUUAGAUGGAUACAAUGUAUGCAUAUUUGCAUAUGGUCAGACUGGCUCUGGGAAAACGUAUACAAUGGAAGGACCGAAUGAUAUUACAGAGGAGAGUAUGGGCAUGAUACCUCGAGCUGUUGGGCAGAUAUUUGAAACGGCCAGAGAGCUGGAGGAGAAAGGUUGGCGGUAUGAAUUCACUGCCUCAUUUCUGGAGAUAUACAAUGAAACCAUCCGUGAUUUACUUGGCAAUGGUAAAGCUGACGUAAAACAUGAAAUCAAAAUGUUGGCCUCAGGAACAAAUGAUGUGAUGGUAUCAGAUCUUACAAUGGUACCUGUGAAAUCAGAGGAGAAGGUUCAUAGUUUAUUGAGGAAGGCCAGUGAGAAUCGAGCUGUGGCAGAAACUAAGUGCAAUGAGAGGUCCUCCAGAAGUCAUUCGGUCUUCCAGCUUAAGUUAACAGGGAGCAAUCAACUGACAGGAGAAAGUUCACAAGGUCUGCUAAGCCUGGUGGACUUGGCGGGCAGUGAGCGACUGAAGGAGUCUGGCUCAGAGGGACAAAGGCUCAAAGAGGCCAAGUGUAUUAACAAAAGUCUCAGCAACCUGGGCAAUGUCAUCAUGGCUCUUGCCAACAAGGAAAACUUUGUUCCUUAUCGCAACAGCAAAUUGACAUACUUGUUACAGAAUUCUUUGGGAGGAAACAGUAAAACUCUUAUGUUUGUGAAUGUGUCGCCAAAGGAAGAGUGCUUCCAUGAAACAUUGUGCUCAUUACGAUUUGCAACAAAGGUGAAUCAAUGCAACAUUGGAACAGCCCAGAAGAAAGUCAAAUGCUGAUUGUGACACAGGCUCCACUCUACUGAGCCCUGUUUUCUGCCUAUGUAAAGCAUGUUUGAUGGACGACAUCCCACUGUCUCUUAGCAAAGUGGUACACAUGCAUGUUUUAUUUUCACGUUAAAGAUAUUUUAAUUAUUUGGGACAAUGCGCAAGUCAGUUGAAUAACAAAAGUGGGAAGGAAAGUAAACAUCAUGCACCCUGCUGAGAUUUGAAAUAUGGUAGAAGUAAUUUCUUUUAUUGUUUUUUAAUAGGCGAGCAGAUUUUGUUCUGCAGGGCAAAAAUUAAGGAUGUGCUGUAAAUAAGUAUAUCAUUACUACAUGUAUUUAUUGCGGUCGUCCGUCCUACUGUUGGUUUAGAUGAGAUUGAUGCAUGGUUUGAAUGGGAACGAAUGUAUGGUCAUGUAUGUGUGAAACAGUUAGUUAUAUUGUACUUUCUCUUUCCUAUUCUUCAGCUUGAUUAUUCUUCCAACACAUGUUUAAAGGCACAAAUAUGAAAAGUAUCUCAGACGAAAGACCAUUAUACAUUGUCUAAGAAAAUGGUUCGAUUUAGUUUUCAGAAUUUUUUCAGUGCAGUUAAAUGCACUUGAAACAGUGAAGUAUAUGGUGGCCUUUUCUAAUCAUAUUGUGACCAGUGAUGUCACAUCAGGUUUUUGUCACCAGACACAUAUGUAGACUGCAAAACUUCUACAAAAAACAUAUACAUGUAAAGGUCUGAAUGUAUGCACUGAAUGCACCUUGAAACAAACCAUUUUAAGCAAAAGUAUAUGGAAGGGACACCAUUGAUGCCCACUAACUGGGUCCCAACAUAUCACUGUAAAAUCAGAUGUUUUAAAAGCUUUUUGUCCAGUUGGGAAAGUUGUAAAAGAAUAAAUCAAACUAUUUUCCUGCGAAGUGUUCAGUGGUCUUUUAAUCUGACAUACACAUCGUGCUAGUGUUUCCAUUACCGUUUAGACAUUUUUGCCAUAGAUGAGCGUGUUCCACAGUCAAGGCAAAACUGUAUGCGAGUCUCCAAAUUAUUAGGCACUGUAAAUAAGGCAGUCUCCAGUCUUCUCGGACAGGUCAGUUGUUAAGACAGAUUCAUAGUAAUCAGUAAAACGUGAUAUAGAGAUUAGUUUAUUGUAACACCAGCUUCAUUGUUCAGUGUACUGCUUUCGAAUAAGCUCUGCUGUAAAUGAUCUUGGUCUUACAAUCUAGGUUUCCAAUGUUUUGCACUAAUCCAUCGAGACUAAAUGUUAAUAAAUAGUUAGUAGGUCAAUUACUGUAACAAAUGAUGUCAGAAGGUUGAUUAGAACCUGUAAAUAUACAUAUAUUUUUUCAGUAGGUCAUAAGCAGUUGUUUUUAGGAAAUGUAUAUCAUAAGUUUACGUUGAUUGUCAACUUUCUGUAUCUUCUGAAAUUUUAAUAAAAGCUCAA